GCCCCGUCGCCGCGCCCCGUCGCCGCGCCCUCUCUCGCCAUGGCAGCCCCCGACCGGCCCGACGUGCCCACCGCGCGCUCGCUGAAGCGCAAGGACUGCUCGCAAGACGACCAGGACGAGCUGGACGAGCUGGACCGCAUCUUCAAGCGCGUCAAGACCGUGGUGCCGCCCAACCCCUACAUCCUGUCCACGCCCUCCUUGGACCCAUAUCGCUACCACUCGCAGCAGGAGGCCAAUGCCUGGAUGCUGGGGCGCCUGUGGAAGUACGACGAAGAGAACAUGCAGUACCGGACCUACCUCUACCGCGAGCCGUGCCAGGACUGCUUCGAGCUGCAGGCCGGCGAGGACGACGAGCCCGAGCCAGAGCGCCCCCGAUCGCAGGCCUCGCAGGCCUCCAACGCCGCCAGCCAGGGCCCCAAGAAGAAGAUUAGCCUGUCUGCCUAUAAGAACAAGCAGGCAAACGGCGUCAUAACUCCCACCCCCGGCUCCAAGCUCGCCUCGCCCAGUUUGCCGCCCUCGAAACCUCCGCCUGCGAAAAGCAACGGCGUGAAGAAGCCUGAGAAGCAGCCAGCACCCGCCCAGAAACCGGCAGAUGUGAAGGCACCCAAAGAACGUGCGGCUGAAGACCGCAACAGGCGCAAACCUGAGCACGACACCCAAUCAAGCAGUCACCACCCGCUGCCCCCUCGCCCUCCCGCAGCAGAAGUCAAGCGCAUAGAAGACGAAGAUUCAAGAACCGUGGACAAAUCGAGUCCCUCAAACUCGACACCACAUGGCCUACCUCCCAUGCUAUCACCAGUACACGAGCCUCUGAGCAACCCGUACGGAUUACCGAGCAUCCUAUCGCCUACUCUACCGUCAAGUAUACAGGCAGAACUGGACAGGCUGGAGCAGCACAGGUCACGAGCAGUGUCAAGCGCGUCAGCAUCGUCAACUGAACCCAAGAGCCAGACACUUUCAGUACCAAAACCAAAGGAGAAGGAGAGGCCGCAACUUGCAGAAAAGACUGUCAAGACAGAACAGCGCAUUCGAGCCGUCUCCGUGAGCGGAAAGUCACCAUACGUUGCGCCGCCAGCCAAAACGGAGGAAAAGGAGCCGUCCUUGAUAGUCACCUUAAGGUUUUCGAAAGCGAAAGCGGCGACCGUCAAGCAGGUGCUCCGCUUACCGCCGAAACGAGCUUUGCCGGAGAAGAAAGAGCGUCCGGUUCCCCCAAAAGAGUCUCCAGUCAAGAUUCGCACAAAAGUUGUGGAGGAUCCUGUGCAGAAGAAAUUGAAGCCUAUACCCAAGAUCGCCGCACGUCGGCCAGAAGCGUCAACAACGUCGACACCCACGCCCAGCAAGCCUGCACCGCCGGCCGCGAAGGUCGCAGAGAAGCGCCCCAGGGCCGCCGACGACGAUGUCGCACUCGCAGUGCCAGCCAAGCGGCAAAGAGCACUUUCCGGACAAGAUCGACCAAAAACUCCAACACCGCAGGCUACCUCAUCCUCUGCUGUACCUAACAGAUCUAGCGCGCAAAAGAGCCAGCUGCAGCACGAGACACCGAAGAAGGAGCACAAAGCUAUCAAUAUGCUGCGCACUGGCUCCUCUGAAAGUCAGGACGCAACGCCAGGUCGGUCGGGUGGUACACCCGCCAACGCUAGACCCGAUGUGAGGUCGAUGCCCACAUCUGCGCCUUUGACUGGGAAGAAGCAAGCCGAAAUCUCCCUGAUGGCCCAAACAUCACAGAAGCUCAACCAAAUGGGCCGCGCGUUGAAACACGAAGCCACCAAAAUCCUGACAGAAAAGGGAAACAAGACAACAAAGCAAGACGAGAAGCGCGCGGCGGUGACGAAUUUGGAGUGCAUAUUAUCUUACAUGGCUGCAUACUACGCACAAGACCUCUCUCUCAACUUCCGCGGACGGGCAGGUGAGGUAGAACAGACUUGGAAGACUCUUCUUCCUCUGUGUCUGUCCUACGCACGGUUCACCAAAGACUUCGCACACCUUGACGGCUUGCGCUCGUAUCUGAGCUCGGUCAUUGCUUCGACAAUCUGCUCGCUGGUAUCGCAGCGUGCAACUAAUACGAAGACCCACGACUCCCCUCAAGAUAUCGCACCCGCCCAGCUCGCGAGGGAACAUACGUCUCUUGCGGAGAACUUUGCGCUUUUGGCAGACCACUCCAAAAUGAUGGUGGCGCAUGUCCAGGAUGCGAGGAUAGCGCUGCCUGUCGAAGACCUCCAGACGAUAUACAAGAAGACGUGGUCCGGGCGAGAAACAAACGCGAAGCUGGUCCAGGACGCGGAGAAGGUCAGCGGAGCGCGCUUGUCGGGACCUUACUUCCUACCGAUUUCCAGCGACACGACGCCGAUCCAGGCCGUGCGGUUCGGACUGAAGUUCUUGAGCGAAUUCUGCGAGAACCAAGGGCUGAAGUACUCCCUGCGCGUCAAUCUUGACCAGCCCUCGUAGGCUGCGGCAACAAACGUAUUGAUCGAUGACGACAUGUACACCAUCAUUUCUCCCCACGAACAUUGUCUAUUUUUGCUUAAGCGAUGCUUGCGGUGUUCUGUUAUCUGGCGAGUGCAUAUUGCUUCGGCACAUGGGACCUAGG